AUGGCGGCCACAACGCCAGCAACGAAAGAGUCGAGGCGGGGCUUCGCAAUAGACUAUGGCGACAACGCAGAAUUCUACUACGCCACGCUAUUGAACUUCGAGGAGCCUGAUGCGAAGUACGGUUACAAGCACCCGGGCUAUCCACACAAGUCGGACGCCACACCGCCAGGUUGUAUGACCAAAUGCAUCACUUGUGCAGGGCAAUGGGUAGGGCCUGUUCGCACGGCAGUAAUGCCUUAUGAGCGAAGCUUCACCGACGAAGAAGCCGCAAAACGGAUCACUGAUCUGAAGACCAAUACUUCCAACAACUUGAACUACACUCGAACAUUUCUUGACAAGCACGGCAAUACGAUCGUGAACUCAUGGAAAAAGAGGUCUCCUGACCAGCGCAAGGAUAUCAUACGUCGGACAAUGCCGGACAUAGCUCCACGCAAAGGGUUUCUGAUGGAUAAAAUGUACAGAAUGUGGAAGAUGAGCAGAAACACCACCAGAAGAAGCAUCCCUACAUUCGCGACCAAGUACCACAAGGGCCUUUUGCUAUCAUACCUCGACGCUGAAACUCUGAGUCAAAAAGCGAGCGAUCUUCUUGCUUUGCUGUAUCAACGCACUCGCUUCAAGCCAGCCGAGUGGGCAUCAUUCGACAGCUUACAACUAGAGUGCUUUUUCAGAGCUCCCUACAUGCGCACAGCUUACAACCCUCAUUGUGUGCAAAUGUACGGUGGACAAUUUGGCCAGCUGGUCUCUUGGGAGAAGGAGGCAGCCCAUAGGCUGGAUAUCGUUGGGUUCCCAAGAGCUUUCCUCAUCUUUCAGGCCCAGCAUGAAUUGUCCAUACUGCUGCGCGAGUUUGUCGACAGUCUUGGCUUGAGCGCUAUCCCUCCAGCAAUCAGAGGACGUGGCGAAUUGGACACACUUACUUCGAAUGCCUUCAAGAACGAACUGGGUUGGACUGACAAGAAUGGCCGUACAAAUCCACAUUGCCUACCACCACCAAAGCUCGAUUUGGAAGGUCUUGCUGACGGCUUUUGGGCAAGGUACAAAGCUGCGGUGGACGAACUAUGGCUGAUGCAGAUAGAUCCAGCAUAUCUCCGAGAAUAUGUUGGGCGAUGUGAGGGAGCCUUACUGUUCAAAGGCUCCACACCAGACGAGGUUCAAGGCUGCAAAGCACAGAUCGCUUUGAUGCCUCUGACGGCUUGGGAGAGCUGGCGUCGCCUGCAUCUUGAAUCCGAGAGGAUACUGCUUCUUUUAAAGGAACCUGGUGGACCGGUCAAGGUUGGCAAACCGCUUCCGGAGAAAUACGAAGUCGCACUGGCCGGCCUUGAGCGCUCUCUAGUAGAAGAGUUCAGCGGUCAAUGUAGCUGCCUCAUGACGCUUAUCCUCUACUCGGAAACAUUUGGCCAACACUGUGAAUUCCUUCCGGGGCGCCGGAUCACUUACGACACCCAGAUGAAUAAUUUCGUAUCGGACCCUUUGGCACACCACUUGAUGGAGCUGGCGGCCUACGAAGAACGUCUGUCCUAUCCAGCUGCUUACCAUUUACGCAUGCUCGAGCAGAUCAUGGACAAUUCGAAAGACCAGGCGGCUCGUAUCGAUCCACUACUCCUUAGUGCAUUGUCAAGCAUGACUGCUAUCGAUGAUGCACUGACCACGAUACGAUCACACAGACCUCGACAUCGUCCAAUCGAGCAGCUCAAAGACUCAUCGCACUGGGAGGGUUAUGAAGCAUGCAGGAUCAUGUUCAAAGCCUUCAGGGAUCUGCAGCGCGAAAACCUUGAGCCUUUGUUUGCUCCACUCGAGGACCUGCUUCGUGUACCACGUCAGUCGAGGAGUAUCAACAGGAGGGCUCUGCAUAUCUUCGAUGAGUCACAUAAAAUGCUCCAGCUUUUCUGGUCGGCUGUGCGCAGGAGAUGGUGGACCGGGCAGUGGAAACAGUUGGCUGAAUGUGGUGUCGAGCGGCUUGAGAUACUCGCGGACGGAUCGUUAAGUAUCGUCAGCCUCUCGGUUACUGAUGAUUAUCGUGAUGGUGUAAUGGCCGAGCGUGCUACCCUCAUUCGUGCAAUAAAAGCUCAAGAGAGCAAAGCAACAGCAUCAGCUCGUGCUGCAGCUGUGGCGCGACUCACGACAUCUGAUACACCGCCACAGGAGAUCUGGGGACAAGAAACCGCUGAGAUAUUCCGACCUCCCGCUGAGAAGGUGAAACCAAAGACUCGACCUCUGCAACCAGCACCAAGAGACCCGAAUGAAGGAGAUGGCGAGGUCACUGAAGCAGCACAAGCUUUAGAUAAUCUUGCCCUUCGCAUCCAAGUUGACAAAGCAGCAUACGACAUCUUCCAGCAGAUGUACGAUGCCAGAAGCGACCAUCAGUGCGAUACCAGAUGGGAGGACUUCAUCAAGGCCAUGAUCGAUGCCGGCUUCUCAGUCAAACCGAGUGGUGGCUCGGUCUUCACAUGCAAGGAUUCCGCAAGUGAAGGAAGCAUCAAUUUCCAUCGCCCUCACCCAGAUCCAAGCGUUGAUCCUGUCAUGCUUCGUAUCAUGGGUAAGCGUCUCAACAAGUGGUUCAAGUUCGACAAGGACACCUUCGUUGUGCGUCAGAAGCAGGAAGCUUGA